GACCCGAACAAUGAAGCAUAAAUUGUAUCAGUUCGGCCUCUGAGCUGGAGCUGAGCGGACACUUUGGCUACGGACCGUGCGAGAGACAUACAUUCGUCUUAUGCAGAGUUAUCUGAGACUGAUUCAUCGGAGAACAGCUGUCACAGCUUUGCGGUGCUAUUGUAAUUUAAUACUUCGGUAAAAUCUGAGGCGAACGGGAUGUUGUACAGGGACAGAAGAUGAGUCCAGAACAUGACGUGAGGUGACGGAAGCAAUCAGACCGGCAACUCCCUGCUUCAGAGGGUCUCGACCAGCCGCCAGUCCACCAGACACUUCACAACCAUCGGCAAAUUAUGACGGCAUCCUCAUCACCAAAAUCCUCAUUCUGUAAAAUCGGACUGUGUUCACGUCAGAAGCCUCUCAAGGUGAUGGUUCUCGGUCAGGGCGGUGUUGGGAAGUCCGCGUUGGUAGUUCGGUUCAUAACACGCCGCUAUAUUGGAGAAUAUGAUCCGAAUUUGGAGAAAGUUUACACAUUCCACACCGUAAUGGACAACGAGAUGGUGCUAUUCGAGAUUCUGGACACGGCUGGACAACCUCACGAGAGCGAGUGUCUCACCCUCGAAGCGAACAUCCGGUGGGCAGAGGCGUUUAUCCUCAUGUACUCCGUGACUGACAAAUGCUCGUUUGACGAGUGUAAUCGUCUCAAAUUCCUCAUCAAUUACAACAAAAGACGGCGAAGACUGGGAUCCAAUAGCUCCAAGGUGAACGGGAACAAGGAAACGGUAACAGACGUUCCUGUAGUCCUGGUGGGAAAUAAGACUGACCAAUGGGGUGACCGCAUGGUGUCCCUGGAAGAAGGACAAAGGCGAAGCAAGGAAAUCGGCUGUGUCUGUUUCCACGAGAUUUCUGUGAGGGAAAGUAUUGAACAGGUGUGGUCUGUCUUCCGAGACGUGUGUCGCUUCUGGAAGGUCCACAGCAAAUGCCCCAAAAUCAAACGUUCAUCCAGCGACCUCCACACUGAACAGAUCGUAAGCCCAGAUUCAACAAGAUUCAUCUGCACUUCGAAACUGGCAAUGAACGGAACUACCACACCCAACGGAAGUCAGAGCGCGGUGUCACCUGUCGUCGUGCUAGGGAGGAGGUGGACAGAGGUGGAACUAGACGAGGAGGAAGAAUCAGAUGAACGUAGAGAGAGCGAAGCCAGCAGCAGUGAAUCUCUGCCUCCUUUUAGGGGUCGGGCGUCCACGGACGGACACCUAUUGUCGCGACCCCGCAGAUGGCGUUACCCGCCACCCGCACCCUCGAGUCAACAACAGUAUCACCAGGCAGGGGGUAGCAAGGCUGACCGUCGAAUGAGCAUCUCCAUGAGAGGCAACAACGCCAGCUACUGAGGCUGUGAGGAGCUACGAGCACUACUGACGACGAAACGGAAAUAAUGCCAAAGAUAUUGGUCCUGUCCCAUCGAUUGGAGGGAGAAGAAAAAAAACACUAAGAAAAAUCACGAACAACUUCAAAGUAUCUGGUGUCAUGGCCCAGAUUCCAACACAUGAUACUCGCAAAAUCUACAGCUAAUCAGCCAAACGUCGCGUUACAUCGUAAUGGUAACAAGUUAGGAAAUGUAUUUCAACAUACACACCCAGAGUAACAAGUUCUCGCGUUUACCAGAAUCAUAGGUUUUACCUCACAGAAUCACGAAAACGACGGCAGAAUUACCAGGGAUCAGUGACCCGUUCCAUUAGCCUGCCUGCCUGGGUGAUGACGUCACACGGAGGAUUCUCCACGUAACUGGUUGGUGAAUCCUACAUGGCACAUUUCUGCGCACACGAAAUCCGUUUAUAUCUUCGUGGAAAGUGUCUCGUUAAACCUCUGAAGAAGAAUCUCGCCUAAAUAAUUAUUUAAAAAUCCAGCCCGUACCGCGAAGAAAACACAACACUUCACCAUUACAAAUACGAACUGGUUAAUGCUGAGAUUUUAACCCGAGAUCUUCCGAAUACAAGGCAGAAAUGUUCUAAUCACAGGCGUUACGCAAUGAGUUAAUCGGUGGCGAUACCGCGAAUUUAAAAUGAGGCAUGUCGUGUUUAUAUUCGUUAAUAUUUUAAACUGCGUAAUUAAUUAUAAACUGACAGUUAAUACAACGGAUAUGAAAAGUAUUAAAUUAGAAAUAUCGGCCUAAAAACUUCAGGGUGAAUAUACAUAAUCAUCCAAAUGCAUUUUCUUUUCUAUCAGAGUGUUAUUUGUUUAGGAAAAGAAAAGUUUGGUAUGUUGUAACAUCAUGCAAAUGUACUGUGAAGGCUGAAUGGUAUGAUUUUUAAUUCUGUACCGCUUACAUUUGUGGGUGACAGGGGGUUUCAAAACAAGAUGAUGGACUCCCGAAUCUGAACAAGUAUUUUGACGUAAGCAGUGGCAACAGACAACUGUAUGCUUGUUUCUAUUUGAAAUAUAUACAUGUAAAAGGUCAUAAAUAUACAUAUAUAUACACAUACAAA